AGAUUAAAGUUAAUGUAUCCUGAGAAAGUUGAUCAUCUCAGUCCUGGGUUUGACUUUACUGUUGCUUUUGUGGAAUCUAAGACAUGGUUCCAUAGUCUUCACUACGCUGGUGAAAUGCUAUCAGAUUCUCAUAUCGAUGUGAUCUUUCAUUAUUUUAGGAAAAAAGCGGCAGUUACUAAGAUAUGCAAAUGCAGUUUCACAACAACUGAUGUUCUUUUUCAAGUUAGUAUGGAAAGAGCAUAUGCUGCAACCUUGGACAAGACAUUUUGUUGGUCAAGUUUUGCAAGUAUAUGUGAUACUAUUGGAGGCUUGCAGUUGCCCUAUUCUAAGCCUUGGGAUGAAGUUGAACAUGUUCUCAUGCCAUUGUACAUUAAGAAACAGAUGCAUUGGAUUCUUGCUAGGUUUUGCAUCAAAGAUUGGUGCAUUUAUGUUUAUAAUUCACUGAACAGUUACAGGGAUGCAUCUCUUGCUAAAGAAGUUGUGAAACCACUACUUGUUAUGCUCCCAUUGUUUUUUCGACACAUGGAUCACUUUUCUAAGCAUGGAUUUGGUAUUCAAAGGGAUAUAAAGCUGAAUUUUGUGCCUGACUUGCCUGUCCAACUGUCAAAUAUGUCCUCGAACUUUCACAAAAAGUUCAAUUAAGUCCUUCUAUAGGAGGUUCUGUCCGGCCGUCGCGAUUUGGGGCAGUUCCCGGUGGAAUUUUUUGAUGAAAUUUUUUGAGAAUCUUAUUCACCAAGUCUAGUUUACUCAUACCAAAUUUCAGCUAAAAAUUCAAUCGGGAACACAUUCAAAUUAAUUCUUGAAGAUAACUGCGC